AGCAUUUGAAGUUUCUGUUUACAUUUUCCCUCUUCUACUUGAUAUGGUUCACGCUUCUCUUUGGCAAUUUCGCCUUCAAAUUAUCCCUUGGCGUCUUCGUAAUUUUUGCUUCCUCACUUCUCAAUGUCCAUACACAUCGAUUUCUUCUCCCGACACCGUUUCAGUUUCCUCGUACUACUCCCUUACGUCUAACAAUGAUCAAUCCCUCUUCCAUUACUUCGAUCAUCUUCUUGGAUUAUGCCUGACAGCUCAGCAAUGCAGGCAAGUUCAUGCCCAAGUACUUCUAUCCGAUUUCAUCUUCCGUUCUGGGUCAUUAGCUGCGAAUCUCAUAUCGGUUUACGCUCGGUUAGGACUCCUUCUCGAUGCCCGUAACGUUUUCGAGACUGUUUCUCUUGUUUUGUUGUCGGAUUUGCGUUUGUGGAACUCGAUUCUAAAAGCUAAUGUGUCACAUGGGUUAUACGAGAAUGCUCUUGAGCUUUACAGGGGAAUGCGUCAACGAGGUCUCACAGGGGACGGAUAUAUUUUGCCCUUGAUCCUUCGUGCUUGUAGGUACUUAGGUCGUUUUGGUUUGUGUCGGGCUUUUCAUACUCAAGUUAUUCAGAUUGGUUUGAAAGAGAAUCUUCAUGUGGUUAAUGAGUUGCUUACGUUGUAUCCAAAGGCGGGAAGGAUGGGAGAUGCUUACAAUCUGUUUGUUGAAAUGCCUGUGAGAAACCGUAUGUCAUGGAAUGUCAUGAUUAAAGGGUUUUCUCAAGAGUAUGAUUGUGAAAGUGCUGUUAAGAUUUUUGAAUGGAUGCAACGUGAAGAGUUUAAACCAGAUGAAGUGACUUGGACUUCGGUUUUGUCUUGUCAUUCGCAGUGUGGGAAGUUUGAAGAUGUUUUAAAGUAUUUUCAUCUUAUGAGGAUGAGUGGAAAUGCAGUUAGUGGUGAAGCUCUUGCUGUUUUCUUUUCUGUAUGUGCUGAAUUAGAAGCAUUAAGUAUUGCUGAGAAAGUUCAUGGGUAUGUUAUAAAAGGUGGAUUUGAAGAGUAUUUGCCCUCGAGGAACGCAUUGAUACACGUAUACGGGAAGCAAGGGAAAGUUAAAGAUGCAGAACACUUGUUCCGGCAAAUAAGAAACAAAGGUAUAGAGAGCUGGAAUUCUUUGAUAACAUCGUUUGUGGAUGCUGGUAAACUCGACGAGGCUCUUUCAUUGUUUUCUGAGUUGGAGGAAAUGAAUCAUGUUUGUAACGUAAAGGCUAAUGUAGUUACAUGGACCUCUGUUAUUAAGGGUUGUAAUGUCCAAGGAAGAGGAGACGAUUCACUUGAAUAUUUCCGGCAAAUGCAGUUUUCCAAAGUAUUGGCUAAUUCAGUGACAAUUUGUUGUAUACUAUCAAUUUGUGCGGAGCUUCCAGCUUUGAAUCUCGGAAGAGAGAUCCAUGGGCAUGUGAUACGGACCUCGAUGAGCGAGAACAUUCUGGUUCAGAAUGCAUUGGUGAAUAUGUACGCAAAAUGUGGGUUACUCAGUGAGGGGAGUCUAGUAUUUGAAGCAAUUAGGGAUAAGGAUUUGAUCUCAUGGAACUCGAUAAUCAAAGGUUAUGGUAUGCAUGGGUUUGCUGAGAAAGCUCUAAGUAUGUUCGAUCGAAUGAUAAGUUCUGGGUUUCAUCCUGAUGGGAUCGCUUUGGUAGCUGUUCUUUCAGCCUGUAGUCAUGCAGGGCUGGUUGAAAAGGGACGCGAAAUUUUCUAUUCCAUGAGCAAGAGAUUUGGAUUAGAGCCCCAACAAGAGCACUAUGCAUGUAUUGUUGAUCUCCUUGGUCGUGUAGGCUUUCUGAAAGAAGCGAGUGAGAUUGUGAAGAACAUGCCUAUGGAGCCCAAGGUCUGUGUGUUGGGAGCUCUGUUGAAUUCUUGCCGGAUGCAUAAAAACGUGGACAUUGCAGAGGGUAUAGCAUCACAACUUAGUGUUCUUGAACCGGAGAGGACAGGAAGCUAUAUGUUGCUUUCCAACAUCUACUCUGCUGGUGGAAGAUGGGAAGAAUCUGCAAAUGUAAGGGCUUUAGCCAAGAAAAAGGAUUUGAAGAAAGUUUCUGGAAGCAGUUGGAUUGAAGUGAAGAAGAAAAAGUACAAAUUCUCGUCAGGAUCAAUAGUACAGAGCGAGUUUGAGACCAUCUACCCGGUUCUUGAAGAUUUGGUUAGUCAUAUGUUGAAAAAAGGCCCUACACAUGAUGGGAACAAUUAUGAGGAUGAUCUAGACCUAUGGACAGCAUAAGAGAUGAAUAUAUCCCACAUAGACUGAGAUGAUACACAACUAACAAAAACAGACUUAUGGAACCUAUCAGGUUCUAAUAAUCACGGCGUCAUCUUUGAUGUUCGAAUUGAUGGUAGUUGGCAAAGGAAAGCUCUUGCCUCUCCUGAGCUAGAGACCAACCAAUGACGAGUUGCUGGAGAACCAAGAGUUUUAGCAUUAGAACUCUCAAUCUGGCACUGAUGAUCACACACAAUCCUUUAACCCCUUUUGUCACAUUGUGGAUAACGAUAUCUUGUUGAGAUUAUCUACUAGAAUUGUUUUCAAUAAUAA